GAUGCAGGAAGUCAACAAAUAGGCUUUUUGCUUGGAAGCUGUGGAGUUACUGUGGCCUUGACUAGCGAUGCAUGCCAUAAAGGACUGCCUAAAAGCCCCACGGGGGAGAUACCACAGUUUAAAGGCUGGCCAAAACUGCUGUGGUUUGUCACAGAGUCUAAACAUCUCUCCAAGCCGCCUCGUGACUGGUUCCCACACAUCAAGGAUGCAAACAAUGACACAGCUUACAUUGAGUACAAAACAUGUAAAGAUGGAAGCGUGCUUGGGGUGACUGUGACAAGGAUUGCACUUCUGACACACUGCCAAGCUCUGACCCAGGCAUGUGGAUACACAGAAGCUGAAACAAUUGUGAAUGUAUUAGAUUUCAAGAAGGAUGUUGGUUUAUGGCAUGGGAUUCUUACAAGUGUCAUGAACAUGAUGCAUGUUAUAAGUAUUCCAUACUCCUUAAUGAAAGUGAAUCCACUGUCGUGGAUACAAAAAGUCUGUCAAUAUAAAGCAAAAGUUGCCUGUGUAAAAUCCAGAGACAUGCACUGGGCAUUGGUGGCACAUCGAGAUCAGAGAGACAUCAACCUUUCCUCACUGCGUAUGCUAAUAGUGGCUGAUGGUGCAAACCCAUGGUCUAUUUCUUCCUGUGAUGCAUUUCUCAAUGUCUUCCAAAGUAAAGGUCUAAGACAGGAGGUCAUUUGUCCCUGCGCUAGUUCACCAGAAGCUCUCACUGUGGCUAUUCGAAGGCCAACAGAUGACAGCAAUCAACCACCAGGCAGAGGAGUUCUGUCCAUGCAUGGUCUCACUUACGGAGUGAUUCGAGUGGACUCUGAAGAAAAGCUUUCCGUUCUGACUGUCCAGGAUGUUGGCUUAGUGAUGCCAGGAGCUAUAAUGUGUUCAGUGAAGCCAGAUGGAAUUCCUCAGCUCUGUAAAACAGAUGAAAUAGGAGAACUUUGUGUAUGUGCUAUUGCAACGGGUACAUCAUAUUAUGGACUCUCAGGCAUGACCAAAAAUACUUUUGAGGUGUUUCCCAUGACCAGUUCUGGUGGCCCUAUCACUGAAUAUCCUUUUAUAAGGACUGGACUACUGGGCUUUAUAGGACCAGGUGGACUUGUCUUUGUUAUCGGCAAAAUGGAUGGUUUGAUGGUUGUCAGUGGAAGAAGACAUAAUGCUGAUGACAUUGUAGCAACAGCAUUGGCCGUGGAACCAAUGAAAUUUGUCUACAGGGGAAGAAUAGCAGUGUUUUCAGUGAGCGUGUUGCACGAUGAAAGGAUAGUUAUUGUUGCUGAACAAAGACCAGAUUCCACAGAGGAAGACAGUUUUCAAUGGAUGAGUAGAGUUCUCCAGGCUAUUGACAGUAUUCAUCAAGUGGGAGUCUACUGCUUAGCACUCGUACCAGCAAACACGCUUCCCAAGACGCCGCUGGGAGGAAUACACCUGUCAGAAACCAAACAGCUCUUCUUGGAAGGAUCACUGCAUCCUUGUAACGUGCUGAUGUGUCCCCACACCUGCGUAACAAACCUGCCUAAACCAAGGCAAAAACAACCAGAAAUUGGCCCUGCCUCUGUGAUGGUGGGGAACUUGGUCUCUGGAAAAAGAAUUGCACAGGCCAGUGGUAGAGAUUUGGGGCAAAUAGAAGAUAAUGAUCAAGCCAGAAAGUUUCUCUUCCUCUCAGAAGUAUUACAGUGGAGAGCUCAGACCACUCCUGACCAUGUGCUUUACACUCUACUCAACUGCAGG